ACCACUAAUAACAAAACAAAUCAGCCCAAAAACUACUGUUUUUGUAUUGAUUUUUCAUUUGGAAAAAUGAGUGUGAAACUAACUGGAGUUGGUGUGAAUUCAAGUCUGCAAUUGAAGGCAUUACCAAAUUUAAAUUCAACAAAAAUAGUACAGUUUUUGAAGCCUUCUCCUCAAGCAAAAGCAGUAUUGAAUAGCAGAAAAUGCAGACAUGUUUGUCAGUCUUCUGCUGUAGAUGAGCAGCAAAUCUCAUUUAGUGAGCCUGAAACUCAUCUCAUUGAUGCUCUCAUUGGCAUUCAAGGCCGCGGCAAAUCGGCAACUCCUCGGCAGCUUCAGGAAGUAGAGAGCGCGGUGAAAGUGCUAGAAGGCUUAGGAGGAGAGCCUAACCCGACAAAGUCAAAUUUAAUUGAAGGGCGAUGGCAAUUAGUGUUCACGACUAGACCAGGGACAGCCUCUCCAAUUCAGAGAACAUUUGUGGGUGUUGAUUUAUUUAGCGUAUUUCAAGAAGUAUACCUUCAGACUAAUGAUCCACGUGUAUCUAACAUUGUCAAAUUCUCUGAUGCAAUUGGCGAGCUCAAAGUAGAGGCAGCAGCAGCAGUUGAAAAGGGGACUAGAAUAAUGUUCAGAUUUGAUAGAGCAGCUUUUGCAUUCAAAUUCUUGCCAUUCAAGGUUCCGUAUCCGGUGCCGUUUAAGCUUCUUGGUGAUGAAGCAAAAGGUUGGCUGGAUACCACAUACUUGUCCCCCUCUGGGAACCUUCGGAUAUCCAAAGGAAACAAGGGCACCACAUUUGUGCUGCAGAAGAAAACAGAACCUAGGCAAAAUUUACUUACAGCCAUUUCUACAGGCCAAAAUGUCAAACAGGCGAUUGACAAAUUCAUGGCAGAAAAUGAGGCGAUUGGUAGUGAUGAGUUAGAACUAGUGGAGGGAGAAUGGGAAAUGAUAUGGAGUUCACAGACGGAAACAGAUAGUUGGAUUGAGAACGCCGGAAACGGCCUUAUGGGCAAGCAGAUUGUUAAGAAGAAUGGGGAGCUGAAGUUUGUGGUGGACAUCCUAUUAGGCCUCAAAUUCUCCAUGACCGGAACAUACCAGAAAUCGGGUAAGAAAACAUACAGUGUUAAAAUGGAUGAUGCAGCAAUCGUUGUGGGACCAUAUGGAUUGCCCGUGGAGAUGGAAACCAACAUUAAUCUACAGCUGCUGUACAGUGAUGAAAAGAUGAGAAUUAGCAAGGGAUAUAGCGGCAUUGUUUUUGUGCAUAUACGUACAGGCAAAAUGUGAGAUUACAAUUUGCAUUAGAUGCACUAGUAAUGAUUAUGAGACUGUUAGAUGUAUUUUUUUGCUAAACUUGUAAAGUAAGAAUGACAAUAUAAAUGAUAACGAGCAUGAAAAAACCCAACUUACAAUUAUAGAAAAAAGAUAUAAAAAAAACACAGUUAUAACUUA